UGUUCCAGCGUCAGUCGGUGUCUGGACCGGAGCCAACUGUGUUUUGGUUUCACUGGUGUCCUUCCUGAUAAGACGCUGAGGAACAAUAAGUGAAGACGACUUCAGCUGCUGCUGCUGCUGACCCGGAAUUAUCCUCCUCUUCAUCAUCAUCUUCUUCAUCUUCUUCUUCUUCUUCACUCUGCUGUUACUUUGUCACCUCGAGGCAUCGCUCUCCUCACCUUCCUCCUUUUCUCACCCGGGACGUCUCCACAGUAAUCAGGACAACUGGCGGCUGAAAUGGGUGAGUGGGAUCUGCUGGGUCGGCUGCUGGACAAGGUGCAGAGCCACUCCACGGUGAUCGGAAAAGUCUGGCUCACGGUGUUGUUCGUGUUCCGCAUCCUGGUCCUGCGCACUGGUGCUGAGAAGGUCUGGGGCGAUGAACAGUCCGACUUUGUGUGCAACACUCAGCAGCCCGGCUGUGAGAACGUCUGCUACGACCUCGCUUUUCCUAUCUCCCACGUUCGCUUUUGGGUUCUUCAGAUUAUCGCUAUCGCGACUCCCAAGCUGCUUUACCUUGGCCACGUCCUUCAUGUGAUCCACAUGGAGAAGAAGGUGAAGGAGCGGAUGAAGAAGCAGGCGGAGCUGGAGGACCAGACCGGACUGUUCCUCGCCAAGACCUUCAAAGUACCCAAGUACACCAAGAACAGCGGCAAGAUCAGCAUCCGGGGUCGCCUCCUGCGCAGUUACGUCUACCACCUAGUGGCCAAGAUUGUUCUGGAGGUGGUGUUUAUAGUCGGACAGUACUUCCUGUACGGGUUCACCCUCCAGGCCCAGUACGUCUGCUCUCGCUUCCCCUGUCCCCACAAGGUGGACUGCUUCCUGUCCAGGCCCACGGAGAAGUCCGUCAUCAUCUGGUUCAUGUUGGUGUCGACCUUCGUCUCCCUGGCCCUCAGCCUGGUGGAGCUGCUCUAUCUGUUUGUCAAGGCUGUGAAGGAAUGUCUGGCCCGACGGCAGGACUACACCGUGACCCCGGUGACCCCGCUCUUCACAGACAGGAAGGCCUUCAAAGGCCAGGACGAGAUGACGCAGAACCGCGUCAACCUCGGGCUGGAGCUGGAAGCAGAAAUGAACAGGGUCAAAGGUGGGGUGGGGGGCAACAUCAUGCCACCAGAGGGCGACGUAGGGGAGGUCCACAUCUGAAGCCGCGAGGCCGUGAUUGGCUGCUGGUUGUGA